AUGUCGGUCGAUAUCUGGGAACAGGGCCUCAAAACCCCCGUCCCUGUCGCCGAGUAUCUUUUCAGGAGACUGCACGAAGUCGGAAUCCGUUCGGUCCACGGUGUUCCCGGGGACUUCAACCUGGUGGCACUGGACUACAUCCUCAAGGCCGGACUGCGAUGGGUGGGCAGCGUGAACGAGCUGAAUGCUGCAUAUGCUGCCGAUGGCUACGCCCGCACCAAGGGUAUCUCGGCGCUCGUCACCACCUUCGGCGUGGGAGAGCUGUCGGCUAUCAACGGCGUCGCGGGCGCCUUCUCGGAGCACGUCCCCGUCGUGCACGUCGUCGGUUGCCCGUCCACCAUCUCGCAGCGCAACGGCAUGCUGCUGCAUCACACGCUCGGCAACGGCGACUUCAACGUGUUUGCCAACAUGAGCUCGCAGAUCUCGUGCGACGUCGCCAAGCUCAACAAGCCGUCCGAAAUUGCCGGCCAGAUCGACCACGCCCUGCGCGAGUGCUGGAUCCGCAGCCGGCCCGUCUACAUCAUGCUUCCCACCGACAUGGCCGAGAAGAAGAUCGAGGGCGCCCGCCUCGACACGCCCAUCGACCUCACCGAACCCCCGAACGAGGCCGAGCGCGAGGACUAUGUCGUGGACGUCGUCCUCAAGUACCUCCACGCCGCCAAGAGCCCCGUCAUCCUGGUCGACGCUUGCGCCAUCCGCCACCGGGUGCUGAGCGAGGUGCACGACCUGCUCGAGAAGACGCAGCUGCCCGUGUUUGUGACGCCCAUGGGCAAGGGCGCCAUCAACGAGAGCCACGCCAACUACGGCGGCGUGUACGCGGGGACGGGGUCGCAGCCGGACGUGGCGGAGCGGGUCGAGUCCGCGGACCUGGUGCUGUCGAUCGGCGCGCUCAAGAGCGACUUCAACACGGCCGGGUUUUCGUACCGCACCUCGCAGCUCAACACGAUCGACUUCCACUCGGACCACUGCACCGUGCGCUACUCGGAGUAUCCCGGCGUGGCUAUGAAGGGCGUGCUUCGCAAGGUGGUUGAGAGGGUCGACCUGGGCAAGCUGUCGCGCGCCCCGUCGCCUGACGUAAAAAACGAGGUGGCGCGGAACAGGGACAGUUCCGAGAUCAUCACGCAAGCCUUCUUUUGGCCGCGCAUCGGCGAGUACCUGAAGGAGAACGACAUUGUGGUCACCGAGACGGGCACGUCCAACUUUGGCAUCUGGGAGACCAAGUUCCCCCGCGGCGUGACGGGCAUCACGCAGAUCCUCUGGGGCAGCAUCGGCUGGUCCGUUGGGGCGGCCCAGGGGGCCGCGCUCGCUGCCAAGGACGCGGGCGCCGAUCGCCGGACCGUCCUGUUUGUUGGUGAUGGCUCGUUCCAGCUGACGGCGCAGGAGGUGUCGACCAUGCUAAGGCAUAAUUUGAAGAUUACCGUCUUCCUCAUCUACAACGAGGGCUUCACCAUAGAGCGCUUCAUCCACGGCAUGGAGGCCGAGUACAACAACAUUUCGCGGUGGCAGUACACUGAGGUGCCGACCGUGUUUGGCGGGUCGGACGCGCAGGUCCGCAAGUUUGUUGUCAAGACCAAGGACGAGCUCGAGAAGCUGUUGACGGACGGGGAGUUUAUUGAGGCUGGUGGGCUGCAGUUUGUCGAGUUGUGGAUGCCAAAGGAGGACGCGCCGAGGGCGCUCAAAAUCACAGCUGAGGUGGCGGCAAGGAAUAACGCGAAGAUGAGUGAGUAG